AUGGGAGGCGAGUGCGUGCCGGAUCAUUGCCGCGAGUGUGGAAGCAAAGACGUGGUGACGGACUUUAGCGCAGGUGAUGUAGUGUGCCGCAACUGCGGUAUGAUUCUUGGUGAGCGAAUUAUAGAUGAUUCCCCCGAAUGGCGAACAUUUGCUAAUGAUGAUCGGGGUGGUGAUCCCGCUGCGAAAUCUAGGGUCGGCGAUAUCGCUGAUGCGCGACUAGACAGUAUUUCGCUGUCCACGUACCUGGUCGACCCCAAAAAGAGCGGCGGGAGCGCUGAUGGCGAUGCAGGAUGCAA